CUCUCCAAGAGACCCUCCAUCUCCCUGGGCAGGUGCUUGGCUCAGAUGUACCUCUCACGCUUCUUGGGGAUAACCGAGUGCCUUCUGCUGGCUGUGAUGGCUUAUGACCGCUGGGUGGCCAUCUGCAAGCCGCUGCGCUACACCCUCGUCAUGAACAACAGGGUCUGCCUUCAGCUGGCGGCCAUGUCGUGGAGCGGCAGUUUCCUCCUGUGCCUGUCCGAUUUCCUGCCCAAGCAACCUCGCUUUUGCGGGCCCAACGCCAUCAAUCACUUUGUUUGUGAGCUCCAGGCCAUGCUGAAGCUGGCCUGUUCGGACACCCGCAGCAACCAAAUCGUGAUGGUCAGCACCAGCGUCCUUGUCCUGCUGGUGCCCUUUUCCUUCAUCCUUGUGGCCUAUGUCCACAUCAUUGCAGCUGUGCUGAGAAUCCACUCCACCCAGGGCAGGACCAAGGCCUUCUCCACCUGUGCCUCCCACAUCACCGUGGUGGCCUUGUUUUACGGGGCGGCCAUCUUUGUGUAUCUGCGGCCUCAGUCCAAAUCUUCCCCGGAUCAGGACAAGUACAUUUCCCUCUUUUAUGGAGCAGUCACUCCGGUUCUAAACCCUCUGAUCUACAGCCUGAGAAACAAGGAUGUGAAGGAGGCCCUGAAGAAGUUGGCAGGAACGAAAAUGAAUUGCUGA